AUCAUGCAUACUUUUGAAUCGAGCACCCUCCGAAAAGACCGACCCUUUCUGCUGCAAUUCUAUUGACCGGAACCCCAGCAGCGCCGACAAGCAGUCCCCACGAUGGGACAAUGUUUCUCCAAUGCAACGGAUGCGCAGAGCAAAUAUGAGGUCGGGGGAACAAGCGGCAAGCAAGCGGGCAACCUGGCGACGCGUUCUGCCGACGCCGAGGGUGCUGUCUGCUUGCUUACUGGCGGAGCACGUUUCUGCACAACGCUGGAAUUGAGCCUCAGCUGCCAGAACUUGAAGUCUGCCGACGCCCUGAGUAAGAGCGACCCCAUGGGCGUGCUCUAUGAAAUGCUGGACAACGGGCGAUGGGCGGAGGUCGGGCGCACGGAGAUGAUCGCAAACACCUACGAUCCGGCUUUCGUGAAGCGCUUCCGGCUGGUGUUCCAUUUUGAGAAGACUCAGAAGCUGCGCCUAAUAGUGGUGGAUGUGGACAAGGGUCAGGACCCCAGCAGCAUUUCGCCCGACGACUGCAACUUUCUGGGUAAAGCCGAGUUUGAACUGGGCGAGGUGGUCACGGCGCGCGCCAAGCGCUACGAGCGGCCGCUGCAGAAGAAGAACGGCGAGGCGUGGGAGAGCUCCACCAUGCUGCUGGUGCCGGAGGAGGUGUCGGCGUGCAAAGACGUGUACAGGUUCCAGCUCAAGGCGUUUGAGCUGAAGAACGCAGACACGUUCGGCAAGUCCGAUCCGUACCUGCAGAUCAGCCGCAUGCAGGAGGAUGGCGUGACGUGGCUCCCGGUGUACAAGACCAACGUGGUGAACAACUGCCUCAAGCCGGUGUGGAAGGACGUGAACGUGCGGGCAGCGCAGCUCAACAACGGAGACAUCUACCGCCCGCUGAGGCUGCAGGUGUUUGACUACUCGGUGUCGGGCAACCACCAGCUGCUGGGCCAGGUGGACCUCAGCACGCAGCGCAUGAUGGAGCUGGCGGCGCAGCACGGCGCCACGGUGCCGCUGCAGCCGCCGGCCGGCUCCAAGCCCGGCAACUACGGCAGCCUGCAGAUCCAGGGCUUCGUGACGGAGACCAAGGCGUCCUUCUUGGACUACAUUACGGGAGGCACCGAAAUCGGCUUUGUAGUGGCGGUGGAUUUCACGGCAAGCAACGGCGAGCCCCAGAACAGGUCGUCCAAGCACUACCAGGGUGACGGCCCCACGCAAUACGAGCGAGCCAUUAUGGGUGUGGGCGGCAUUAUCAGCUACUAUGAUUUUGACAAGGCAUUUCCCAUGUUCGGCUUCGGCGGCGUCCGGCGCGGCUCAGGCGGCUCCACUGACCACUGCUUCCCGAUGGGGCCAAACGGGCCCGACGGCGUAUGCCUGGGCAUUCCGGGUUUGCUGGAGGCGUACAAGCGCGGGCUGGUCGAAUGGUCGCUAUCGGGCCCCACCUACUUCGCGCCGGUCAUCCGCCGCGCGGCCGACAUGGCGCGCGAGACCGUCAACGCCGGCGGCGCGCCAAAGUACACUGUUCUUCUCAUCAUGACAGACGGGGACGUGAUGGACAUGUCCAACACCAUCGAGGCCAUCAUCGACGCCUCCCACUUGCCCAUGUCCAUCCUCAUCGUCGGCAUCGGCCGCGACGAGUUCACCAAGAUGAAUAAACUGGACGCUGACAAGACCAAGCUGUCGGCCGGGGGCAAGACGGCUGCACGCGAUAUCGUGCAGUUUGUGGAGAUUGAGAAGUACGCGGGCGACGGCGUGCGUCUGGCGCAGGAGCUGCUAGCGGAGCUGCCGGGGCAGUUCCUUGACUACAUGCGGGCCAAAAACAUCCCGUGCCCCAACAUCUGGGCGGCACAGCAGGCCGCUGCGCCGCCUCCGGCCGGCUACCCGCCGCAGGUGCCUGGAGCACACCCGCCGCCGCCCCUGCCGCCCGGCGGCUACCCACCCCAGGCACCGGCCGGUUACCCACCCCAGGCGCCUGGUGGCGUCCCGCCGCCGCCACCGGCUGGCUAUCCCCAGCAAGCACCUGGGGCCUACCCGCCGCCCCCGCCCGGUGGUUACCCACCCCAGGCGCCGGCUGCGUACCCGCCCCAGGCGCCGGGUGGCGUCCCGCCGCCGCCUCCCGGGGCUUACCCGCAGCAGGCGCCUGGGGUGUACCCGCAGCAGCCGGCGGCGGCCUACCCAGCCCAGACACCGGCUGCAUACCCGCAGCAGCCGGUAACACCAGGUCAAGCUCCGACUGCUGCUGCGGCCCCUUGAGAGCAGGCCAAGCAGGCCAUCGUGGUGAAGUCCUCCACAGCAGACAACAGAGCACUGAAUAGUGAAGGGAGACGUAACUAACGGGAAUGGUCACCAUAGUUCGGUUGGGCAGCGCUGGGACUAUGCGUAGCUCGCAUCUGAAAGUGAACGAACGAGACUGAUGCCCUUAAAUUACAUCCUGAUGGUGGGUGGGAAGGUAAGUACAGCUGGCCGGAAUUGGAGAUGGGCGGUGGCAUAGCUACGGUACUAGGGCAUUGCCACAGGUUGCCGGUAUUAUCGGCAAUUGGGCAUAGUGUCGUGUGUUGGUGGGGUUGAUAGGGUUACUCUUAUUGGGGUGCUCCUGAUGGUGGGGCGCUGAGGCAGAUGGGAGGGCGCUGAGGCUCAUGUCACAGGCGCUGUAAUGAAAGACACAUGAUAGAAAUAUUGCGUUGACUUGUUAAUGUCAUGGCAAUAGUAGGCGGUGGUGGUGGAGGGCCUGGCCCCACCAGCAGCAGCAGUAGCGGCCCUUGGCCCGGCGGCAGCGGCCCUGGACCCAGCAGUUGCGGCGUACAUGUGCGUAAGGGGGGCGGGGCGAGCAAGGCCACGUGGAGGAGCGCGGCGUCGCCCAAGAAGCGGCGCCGGCGCGCAGGUUGAGGCCGGCCGGUUAAUGGUUUUUGCUGCAGCAAAGCGUGUGGUAGGACGCAGCAGUGAGGAUUUUUGUGGCUACAGAAUUACCUGCCGUUUGGUUGUCUUGAUCUGGCUGUGCUUGUUCCUAAUAGCCGGACGUGGCUGGACAAAUGGCGGGCGGUGCCUGUACAAACCGGCCCCGGCUACGGUAUGUACGGGAGAUGAGGUAGACGCUUGCGGCCUCAGACUGGAGACGUGGGCGCUGCCCAGUUUUCCCUUGCGCGGGAAGAUCACUUUCUUGUUAAUGUCAUGGCAAUAACGUAGUAGCUGUAAGGGGAUAGUUCGACAACGACAAGGGUGUGGGGAAUGUUAGUGCACAAGUCGUGUUUGAAGCGGGGGUUGGCGCCGUGGCGGGCCUGAGUGCGUGAGGACGCAUGUUCGCUUGUGUUGUGUUUCAAGCACGUUGAUGACGGGCCGGCGAGCGCGGGGGGUAGCGGGUUUCGCCACGGGCAAUCGUGGCCGUGCGCGUCGCCCGUUCUCACUACGAAACGAAGCCCGCGCCAUAACUCAUAUGCAUUGAUUUAUGAGCUGACC